GAUCAAGGAAAUAAAAUUAAUAAAUUUAACAAUACUUUAAAUCAUCAUACUUACAUAAAAUCACAAAUGGUUAAUUACAAGCAUCCAUUUUGUAAGCGUACAUUUAGUAGUCGUUCAGGGUAUAGCCAGCAUGUUAAUAUUUGCGAUCAAUCUAUCAGUGAUAAAAGUGAUAAUUCUAUUAUGGAUAUUAAUAAUAUUUUGCUAGAAAGUGAAGAGAUUUUUAAUUCUAUUGAAAUGAAUGAUAAAAGUUUAUAUAAAGAUCUCCCUCCGCUUGUUAAAGAAUUACUUUUAAGUGAUGAUCAUAACAGUAAUUUUGAAAAUAUUAUAUUUGAAGAUUCAAUAAUAAACCAAGAUAUUUUAGAACCUGA